GGAAUGCAAAGAUGGUGGAGGCAUUAGACGUGUUGACCUUUCGCCGCUAACAAUAAUCUCGUAUUUAGUUCUCCAAAUUUGAUGCUUUGACAACAGCGAAGACCAUUCGACCAGGGAUUGUGAUGGGGGAAUUUGGAGAAACGAGAAAGGGGUAAUUUUGGUGUGGUUUUAGCUUAACUAAAGCCUUGCACGUUGUUUAAGAUAUAUACUUCUGUUGGCGCCUCGCUGAAUGGAUUGUUAGCACGCACAUGUGUUUGGUGUGAAAAUUGAUUGUAAUUAUAAUGAUUUCGCUUUCUCCUCUAGACAAAAUUUGGAGACGAUAAUUUCGAAGCUUUCUAAGGAGCAGCCGAACGGGAGACGAAACAGUUUUAUGCUGGUAAGAGCGAUGUUUAAUUUAACCGAGUUUCUUAGGCGUCGCUUGUUUUAACACUGCCUGGCCCUUGCGUGUUGUUUCGACUAACAUGCUGUUUGGUAUGCAUGAUUAGCUUAGGUAACUUUAUUGUUCAACUGUGCGAAAAUUCGCACCAGAAAGGUGUCGGAGAACUUAAAACUCGUACUCUAUUUUGGCUUUUCGCGAUUUAAAGCAAUUUUAACCGGUACUUUGUCGAAUUUAGAGUUUCGUGUCUUCGUUAGGGAAAACACGAUGCUUGUCCUUUGUAGUUGAUGAUAAGCACGCUUGCAUGUAAAUGUGUGAAAUGAAUGGCGUAUUUCAAAUACCUCCUAUUGGUAAACUGCCAUUAAACCCAGCCCCUGAAUGUCAAAGGGCUUUACAGGAGACAGAGAAACAGUAUUUACCAAUCGCUUUACCUUGAGGGCAACAUUUUGUAGUAACAUUUCCGUCUAACCGACAGUGCAAUAAAUUACUCGCUGUUACAGUACGACAUGUAUAGUUCACGGUAAGAAACCGGCGUUUCGAAAGUCUGUCUAACAUGAUUUUUAUUUACCACCACCACUUUUGUCGCUUGACUAGAUCUGCUUUCGAGGGCUUUGUUAUUUUUGUACAAAUUUACAUACAAAUUUCAAUAAACUUGUACACCAUAAUAAAGCUUUAUUGCUUUGUUCGCGCUUCGCCGCAGUUGAAAUCGAAGACUCUACUGUGGUUUUCUCUCAGGAAGCCUGUCAUUCGACAAUAUUCGCGCUUGUUAAAAAUAAUUCCGGAUGUUACAAAGAGAAAGAGAGAAAUUUUAGAAAUAGGUCAAAAAUAAUCUGAGAACUUGCAGCGACUUAGUCAAAGCACGUGUUUUCGUUGGUGUCGGUAACAUUUCUCGUUUAAUUAAUAUCUCGAGGCGAAGAUCUCCGCGUACACAAUACAUCAUAUAGUUGUUCGUGUGUCUCUAAAGAUAAUAGGGCACAUGCAAUUCGAUCCUUGUUAACACGAUAUGUAAAUGUUCUUAGCCAUGACACUCAUUAAAACUGUCUGGCUACAAGUAUGUCAAUGUCCUAUUGGCUACAAGUAUGUCGACAAACGCUUUCCAUUAUCAUUAUUUGUUAUUUGGGCUGGUGUAAGUGAUUCCUGCCCAGAUCGCAAGGCGGAGGCUACGGCAUCUUGGAUAUUUUUUACACGCCAAUCUUAGCGUUAAACUCGUGAAACACAUUUUAUAUUUUGUUGUUCUCGCAUUAAAUGUUGUUUGCAACCUUAACACUGAUAUGGUAUGUCCAGAUGUAUAAAUACUGAAAAUAAAUUAUGGCUCAGACUAGUUUGAAAGUUUUUGGACGUCAGAUGUUACGUUUACCAAAUAGCUUUUUUUUCCUUCCUACUUAGUUCCUUGCAGUAUUUUAAACAUAUCAAUUGUAGAAUCUAGGUAACAAUUGCUCUCCUUAACUCACUUAUCAGAAUGCAAAAUUUCAUUUCUACUUCUGAGAGUAUAAAAGAGUUCUCAAGUUUUGGUUUAUGUCAUUUUUUCCCAUGGUGUUUGAAUGUUUCCUUUUUUGCAAUUUUUUUCCACAUUUUGCAUUUUAGAGGAUAAGGAAAAAAAAAAAAAUAAACAAACAAUGCCAGCUUAAGUGUUGAUUAGGGAUUAGACCAAAAAAUGCCACUAUACCACUGCAACUGGAUCUUGGUUUACUGUGGAAUAUAAUACUACAGAAUAAAUGUCAAGUUUUACAUGUCAGGUCUUGGAAUAUAAACAUACAUCUUAAACUGUUUAUGUCAACUUCAACUGCGGUGAAUUGUUUAUGUCUCUGUCUCUGUAUUGAUGUGGCUCUAUUGAUGUGGGUGUGUUAACUACAUGUAAUUUCUGUUUUGAUAAGAUUGAUUCUUGUCAGAAAAAGUGCAGCUAUAGACAGAGAAUUUAUCCUAUGUGAGUUCAAGUGCUUACGCAAAAAGGAUUACUAUCAUACAUAAAGCCCUGUCUGUAUAUUUACAAAAUUGUCUAGACUUCUAGGUCUAUCGUUUAGCCUCUUGCACCCAGGACUUGUGGAUGUUGCUUUUCUUUCUUUUUUUUCUUGUAGGAAGAUUAACAUGUAGUAAGUUAAGAAAUGGAAAAUUACAGAAAUUUAAGUGUGCACUCAGUUGUGUUUCUUUCUUCUUCUUGGCGAACUACCCACACUUUAAUUUUUCUUCGCAACUAUGAUCAUCUUCCCCAUGAGGAUUAGUCUGCAUAUUUUAACUUUAAUAUGGUUUGAGGGUCCCUUGUGAGACAGAAAAAUCUAGAAUAACCUGCCACCUGGGUCUCAUUACCAGGUUACAUCUAGUUUUCAUAUCAGUAAUGACAAAAAUGUAAUUUCUGAAGCAAAAUUGCACAGACAUCAGAACUUAACAGGAUUAUCAAUGUAAGGUGAAAAGUUAUUAUAGUAAAAUAAUAUUGGAUUAUUUAAAAAGAACAUGCCACCCCAAGUGAAAAAGAAACAUAAAUAAAAGUUUUGGUUCUGUUUUGCAAUCAAUAAUAUGCACAACUGGUUGUGCAAAACUUUUAUUCCCAAUGCCUUGAGGGCUUGACGGCAAGUAACCUUUCCCUGAACAAAGUAUUGUAGAAAGAAUGAAGAAGACAAUUGUAUAAACAGAGGGAUCAUUAGUUUUUAUUUAUAACAUUAUCUUACACCCCACUGACACUUGAGAAUCUAAAUGACAAUCUCUAAUAUCUGUAGGCUUAUAACCUCUUUCCUGUGUUAAUAAACAGUGAAUUAUUCAUAGAAAGAACUUCAAAGUUCAUGAUUGAAUUCAAUUCAAUUCAGUGAAUACAUUAGCCAACUAGAAUUUGUGAAAACUCAUGACUGAUACCUUUGUGCAUAAUGAACAAUGAAGUCUGUAUACCACACAGAUAGGGCUUGCAAGAUUUGAAUCAAUGCACAUCUCAUAAAACUCCAAAUCCCCAAACCUUGCAGUACCAUAGGGUAUUCUAACUGAACAAAAUAAUUAAAAUUAAAAAAAAAAAAACACGACUUUUCAGAGGCUUUCCUCAAAAUGGUGAAUUGUUGUCAAAAUCAAACCUGGAAGUUAUGCUCAGUAAUUGUUAUUUGAAUGCUCACACUAAGGAUUCAUUCAAACACUCAUAGGUGAAGGACCACUUCAGGCAACAUUAAACCAUUAACUUCCAUGAGUGACUGAGACAGAAUUUCUCUUCAUGAUAUAAAAACAAGUAGACAAGGUUUUCCAGGACCCAUGUGAACAUUCCCAUGGUUGAGAAACAAUUCAGAGAUAUGAAGAACCCACCAUGUGCUUCGCAUAAAUAUAAACCAAUGCAGUUCAACAAUUACUAACAAAUUAACAGAAAUAAUAUUGGUAACAACUUGUUUGACUUAUGAAUGAAAAUUGAGCAAAGAAUUGAUCCUAAUAUGUGAACUACAAUAUUAGCAAUUACAGACAGGAACCUGAAAAAAUUCAGCUUUUGACCUGUGUAACCCAGAUACUAAAUGGAUGCCAAGACCAACAGGGCUAAGAAGCCAGUGGUUAGCAGGGUGGCAAAUUUUUGGCGGUUCUCUUUCCCACAGAGGAAUUUGAUAACAACUUGAAACGAAUUAAAUUUCAGUUGACCUGUGGAUAAAAAUCAAUUAAAGAAAUGAUCCUCACUAGUGCACCCCAAUUCCUUAACAAACACACAUGCCAACAAAGAAAAACAAAUUUAAGUGUUCAACCAUAAAGCACAUGACAAGCAGUCCUAUCGACCUAAUAUCUUGAAUUUUGCAACCUUUGUUUCGCUAGGGAGGUAUAACAAUUGAAUUCUGUUGACACUUUUUACAUAUUUGAUUGAGAUCAAUAAAUUUUGUACUAAUGUAAUGCUGACAGUGUCACUGCUGACAAGUUUUGUUUAAAUAAGUAAAAUUGUGUCUGUAAGCAGUGAAUAACAACAAUAAAAACUGAAAGUUUCCCUUUCACUGUAUGAAGUGAUAAAAUGUUCUAGUGAUUGAACACCACAGGGACAACUUCAUCAUCCUGUAAACAAGCAAUCUAUUGCCACGUAUAAGACCUCUCAACUGCAAGCACUCUCUUUAAUCCCUAAAAUGCUUGAAAUUAUAUUUCCAAGCUUAUGGAUUUCAAAACUCCUUGGGGAGCAUAAAUUUUUUAAAGCAGUUACAUGCAUGUGAUAGUUACACUAUAUAUAGAAUAAGUGUAGGUGAUAAUUUCAGUGCAAUUUGGUGUUAAUAAGCACAAGUUAGUUUUUCAAAGAAGACUUAAAACUGCAAAGGCCCAUAGGGGCAAGUGAAAUUUGUAAUCUUUGAAAUAUUUACAACUGUAUACUUACACAAAAUUGGACAAGAAAUCAAAUUUUUGCUUAUAAAUAGUUUACAUGAAAAAAAGCCAUCACAGGAAGUCAAGGCAGACCGCAUGUCAGUGUUACUUUGCACUUGUGUUACAUGAAAAAGGCAGUUGUUUUUGGCCAAUCAGAGGCACCUAAGUUUUUCAUAUAUAUCAUUACUAACUGACCACCAACAUGAAUGGCUUAAGAAAAAGGGGAUCUCAAUGCUGAGAUGGCUCUUAUGGCCAACCGUUGAAACUUUGGCCAUAUUACAGUUGACAGUUAAUAUCUUUGCAUUGUGAUUAGAGGAAAAUCUUUGCGGUAAACUUUUUCAAACCACUACCUGUCAAAAUUUGUUGAUGUUUACAACUGGGCCUAGUUGUAUAAGGGAUGGAUAAUGCUAUCCUAUGCAUAAAUUACUAUCCAGCUGGUAAGUGAUUGCAAAAUGUACUGCACCAUCCACUGGAUAGCAUUAUCCAUGGUGUCAUCCCACCUUCGAACAACCAAGGCCUAAUGGUCAAUCAAAUCGAGACCCUCUAAAUAGGGUAAAAAAAACAUCACAUUGAAGUAAACAAUAUCAAGAAAACCACUACAAUCAUAGACCAAAUGACAUUGUAAAAACCAUUUAUACUCAACACUAAUGUCUGUGGACUGUUACUAAGGAAAUAAAAUCCCAUAUAUAUAAACUGAGCUGUAACUGGAUCAAAUCUAUCAUCACUGUGAUUCUCUGAAUCUUAGGUCUUCAGCCUUCAAGUAAAUUGCAUUUCCACUUUUUCUAGAUUUCAGGAAUAGACCAUUCCAAUGUCAUGUUUCACCUUGGAAAUGGAGGUAAGACUGAAUAUUUGAUUUUGUUAUCACAAACUGUGUGACUUGGUGAUUUUUUUUAACCCUUUCUUAGCCUGUAUGUGGGCUCUCAAAGGAGCUGCAACAAAAGCAGCUACGGCAUUUUGGGCUGGCAUUUUAAGUGACCAUGUGAAAUAUAUCAAUAAGAUUAAUUAAUGAUAAUGAAGGAUUUCAAAAGUGCCAUAUCCAUUAACACUUUUUAUAACAUAACCUUACAAAAGAGCAUACUCUGAUUGGCUAAAACACUUCAUCCAUGCCUGUGGGUUGCAAGCUGAAAUCACUUUGUUUUGCUUUUUUUUCUAAAUGAAACAAAAGAUGUUUAAAAGUCUCAAUGUUACUUAAGUAAUGGUUAGAACGCUGCAUUCAACCAUCAAGUUAUCAAAAGCACUUGGAAGGUUUGCUUAGUGCUCAAAAAACUAGAAUGGCACUUCGCUAUCACCUUGUGUGACUCUAACACUUCUUUAACAUCCUCCUGCAUACAUCCAUAAAUCGAUGGUUGCAUUCUGCACACUAACAAUUUCUUAAGUAGACUGCAUUAAGCAGUGUUAAACUCUAGUGCUAAACGCCUUACAGUUUCUUGCCACCUCAAGUCUCAGGGGCUUGGCUGCAAGUGCCACAGCAACAAUAAGAGCCAGCACACAAGCUAACCUUCUCUGAAAUCACUAACAAAAUUAACCUACAACUGAAGUACAACUAAAGCAAGCUAGGUCAGAGAGACUAAAAUAUGGACAUCAGAGAAUUACAAAAAUUUUUCACCUUUUAAGUGGUGGUACACUAGGAAACUAAGACCAUUUAAACUUAAUUUGUAUCUCAUCAAGAAAUUAUAAAUAAUGGUAAUAGGACCAAGUGGAGUCCAAUUCCAUCUGUAAUCAUACAAAUGAUUAACAAAAUUGGAUGAGCACAAAGCAGGAGUCCAAUUUGUUAAUCGUGAGUAUGAUUACAUACAGAAUUAGAUGACAUGAAGUCCUGAUACCAUUUAAUCAAAACUAUGACAAAAUUUGAGAAAGAAAUUAGACAUCGGUUGUACAUUUUCAUGAAAAAAAAAACUCUUAACUCGGCAAAAUGCGAGACAACAGCGCACGCUCAUGAUGCAUUCUGUCCACUUACAUAGGUAUAAUGUGUUAACUGUCCCUUUAACUGUCCUAUUACACUGUCCAAUUACAAGCAUGAUUCGUACACUGUCCUAUAAGUGCUCAAAUCAAGCUGGUGAUAACCAAUCACGUUCAAGAAUUUUGUCAUAGUUUUGAUUAUGGUCAGAAUUUGUGUGAAAUGUUUGACUGAUCAUGCUUAACAAUUACACCAUCCUGAGUAAUCAGAUGUUAUGUGUAAUAAGAAAAGUUCUUUGUUGCUAUUUUCUACAUCAUGAAAUCCUUGGGAGAGUCCCAAACUUCAUAUACAACCAGAUUACCAUGCUUAAAUAACAAGGAAAUUAUAUUUAAUACGGUUUAUACUACUCCUGCAUUAAUGACUAGCAAUUCUUAUUUCCAUCCUGUGAAACAAUGAUAACUGUGACCUUUUGAAAUUAGUCUGUAUCAUAAGCAAACUUGUUUAUAGAUCUAUACAUACGAAUAAAAAAAAAGCAAACAUUUACUUCGCUUUUUCCAUUUUUUCCUUUUGUAAUUUAAUUUGAGAAUUAGGUUAUCAACUUCAAUAACACGUCCUUUUCUGCCAGUCAAAGCUUUUGGUAGUCAUUAGCCUGGUCAAAAAUAAUGAUGUCGCUCUUUCUGUAACAUUAAUUAAGUGCAAUACAGUUGUUUCACACUGUUACAGAUUCAAAGGAAAGAAAAAUUGCUACUGGAUCUGGUUGACGAUUUGAACAAUCGAUUAAAGACUUUCGAUCCUUAUUCAAAAUUGCCCCAUCAAAAAAAAAAAAAGCUAUUCAAUCAACCUUUAAUUAAAGAGGGUUCUUUGGUUGAUCUAACUCACCUCUACUAACAAAGUCGCUUAUCAAAGAUGGUAAAAAUUAGUAUACGAAUGAAACAAACUGGACCGCACGUGUAAACCUCUCAAACAUGUUGGAUGAAAGACAGUCGUAUUAUCAUUCGGCUUCGAUUUCGUUUGUUCGUACAGUCUAGUGAUUGGUCAGUUAAAUUUCCGGCCUCUACUCGGGUAAUCACGAACUUAUGCGAAAGUAGAAAUACAAUCCCAGAGUGCACUGUUCGCUACAAUAAGUGAAACUUCGAUCGCCUUUGGCCAGAGAUGAGUGUUUAUGAUAAUGACGGUGUCUCGCAACAGAACUUCGACAGUAAUUAUGCCAAAGAAAACCAAGAUCUACGUAUUCAACUUGCCUAAAGGUUGUCGAAGGGGUAGGUGGUACGGAAAUUAUUGUACUUUGCUUGGAAAAGACAUUAGAAAGUGAUUUAUUUCGUAAUUUACAACAACAACGUAUUUUAGUAUUUCGUGAAGGCUGUUUCAGUGUUUUGUAGUGGUUUCAAUUAUUUUUUACAGCCAACAAUGGAAGAAAAUAAAAGAUCGAUCAUAGAUCAGACAUUUAAUGAGAGAUAUUUAAAAUUGCCAAAGGAAAGCCAGCCGGAAUCCAUAGCUAUCAGGAGGCCAUCCAGUUAUGUUCGAACAAUUCGCUGUUUAGUUCGUAUCGCAUUUGAUUUGUACGUUUUAGAUUCAUGAGACGAUUAUUUGCUUGGUAUGUUAAUCAAAAUUUUAGGGAAAACGUUGUACCCAGGCUUCCCCUCCUUUUCAACGAGUACCAGAAAUUUAUUACCAAAAAGUAUGGCAUAAAAUCAGAUCAAAAUGAAAUACAUCUAUUUCUUAGUGGCAAACUGUUGCAUUUAAUACUUAGUGCGCUUAAAUAUUCGCUCUUUUCUCUGACUGGAAAAGAAAAGUCAGAAAAGAACGACUCUAUCCAAUCACAAAUUGGCACAAGUCCUCUCUAAUUGCGUUCUUUGUAAAACCGAUUAUAGAGCAAAAGCUGCUUACAGGCCAUUGAAAGUAACGUAUCGUAAGUGAUGUAUUUUAGGUAAUGUAAACGGCUAAGAAUAUACAAAAGUUAUAUAUUUGAACUGCAGAUAAAGACGUGAAUGAAAGUGAUCCUCGCAGUAAUGUACACUACUUGAGCAGUAGUGAAAGUAAGGCCUGAAAAAAAUUUAGGCCUGUACGGGAUUUGAACCCAUGAAACCAUAGGUAUUGUUAGCUCAGUUGUUAGCUCGUUUCAUAUUUUCUUUUCAGGGCAUGAGUCCGAGGGAGAGGAAAGCGAACCAGACCUAUUCCAAUGUGGGAAAUGCAAACGAAUGUUUACCAGUCUACAGAAAUACCUGAAACACAAAGCAGCCAAGGACUGUGUUCAGCUUCAAACUCACGGACAGACAAGUGCGGUCAGUCCUGUUACGAACGGAGAGGUAAUGACGGUAGAUAGUGGUCCGUUAAGUGUGAUCGGGAAAAGCCCGAAGAUAGGUCUGAAAAAAAAAAAGCCACUCGUUCGUUCGUUUUGCAGUUUGUUUAUUUGGUCGCUCGUUCAUUUAUUUCUUUGUUGUUUGUUCGCUGUUUCAUUUGUUCGGUUGUUAAAACGCUCGUUUUUUAAUUGAUUUGUUUAUUCGUGUGUUCCUUUCUUUCUAUUCGCUCUGAGGCCUGGCCAAAGCUCGAAACGUCAGUUUUAGAAACUCUUUACGUCGGCCAAGUUAAACUAUCAACUCAGUUGAUAAACCAAAUUAUCUAUUUAUACCACUACCGACACAAUACCACAAUUUCUUAAGAAACUUACCCCUUUUUUCCUUCGUUCAUUUGUUCCUUCGCUCGCUUCAUUUCUCCCUCGACGUUUGUUUGUUUUAUAGCAGUUCGUUCGUUCUUAUUUUCGCUCGAUCUAGUCACUUUUUCGUAUUUAUUAAUACCUACGUUAUUUCCAUUAUGUUUUUCUGCAGGUUUUUGAUAGUCCUGAUGAGAAUAGCUCCAUUCAUAGUCCCACACGAAGGUAAUUUAAUCUGAUAAGAUUGUAGAUAAGCGUUCCCUGUUCUACCAAAAAUUCCAAGUCAUUAAAUUCCGGUUUCGCGUUAAGGAAAAUUUAAAGAUUGUUCAACUAUAGGAGGUUACUCUUUCUUUAUUUGGGUUCCGAUGCCAUGUAGUUUCUGUCGCUAAUUCUAAAUCCUUCAUCGAAACAGUCUCUUGAAAGAAUCGCUCUAAGACUAAAAUACCCUUAAAUACCCUUAAAGUGUUCUUUCAAGUUGUAAUUAAAGAGACCUGAUUUAAUUUUAGUAUCUCUUUGCAACAUCAUUCCAUUAUAAUGCUGUCAGGUGAUAGGAAUAAAGGAAAAUUAUCAGCGAAAGUGAGUUGCCUCAUCUUCAUGUCACCCUAAACUCUCUUAUUAACCGGUUUGGAAUUAAAUGGAAGCAAGAAAGGAGAAUUACUCAUCAGAUCUACGGAUUGAAAGGGUUAAAUGUGUACUUAUUUUUUUGUUUGCAGGAAACACGACAGAAAAGGGAUCGCUCGUCGAGUGUCCAACUUCUCCUCUGAAGGAGAAUCCGUGAGUCCGGAUAUUCCAGUAGUCGUUCCAGAACAAGUUUACAGCGUCCCACCAUCAUCCUUCCCUGUUCAUAUAGAAGCCCCUCCCACCUCUAAUUUCCACGACUUCUCCAACCCUGUUGUUAGUAUCUCUGUUGCCGAAGCUCUACGCUCGCAUAGUCCUGUGGUAGUCCAACCUACGCCUAAUUUCAACUCUUGGAAUGGAACGGUGAGUGAACAGGCCGAAAAUGUGAACCCGCCGACCAUGGCGACCAGCGUCUAUGCGCAGAUGCCAUCCGCAGCAGUGGUGAACCCCGCACCAGUUCUUUCCCACCAACACCCCAAUCAGUCGUCUCCAGCACCCAGUAUGGGCUCGUCACACGUCGACCAACAAUGGACUGGGUCGAGGCUGAGAGGACUAACGGCUAUUCAACCAGCUGCUUCCCCCCAGGCUCCAGUCCACAUGACGAGGAGCAAAAAUGGACUGGGACAGCCUCCACCACUUGUGGUGCAUCUUAAGGACAGAGGUACGUGUCUUGUAUUUAGAUAUCAAACAAGCUUCCCACCGAAAGCUCUGUCCUUAAGCCAUCUAGAAAUGGCAUCCUUUUAUCUUCUCCUCUCUUCUUCAUAAUUGCGUUACCUUUGUAGCUUAUUAAAAAAUUCUUACACGGCGCUGCACAGUCAAAAAGAUUAUUUUCGAUUGGCAAAGCAACAGAACGGAAAUUUUUACUAUGGAUUAUCGAAAGUAUUUUACUAAAACCCAGACAUUUUGUCAUACAAAUUUGGGAUCAAUCCUUUUUGGAUCCAUGUCAGUAUCUGAACAAUUGUGCACCUACCCCUCCCCUGACUCAAUAACAGUCAAAUGAUAACAAGGUGGGGUAAAUGUUGGGUUAGGGGAGGGGAUGGUGUACAGUUGUUCACAUACUAACGUUGAUCCGAAUUUCUUAAGGGUGUUUUAUUUUCCUUUAAAAUGUCUCUAGAGUCAAAUAAAUAAACGGAGCGUCAAGUGAAACUUCUGAGGUAUUGCUUAAAAAAGAGUUGAAAGGAUUAUACGUCUAGCAGUAAAAUAUAAUAUUUCCUUACGAUUCGCCAUUUGGUUUUUGAUGUAGGUCGACCCGUGCGUGCAAAGGAAACUGGCCUAACAGAAGAAGAACUUACAGAAGAGUUUGUGACGUCCUCUGGUCAGAAGGUUUACAGAUGUAAAAAGUGUGACAAAGAGUUUUCGUUCUCUAGCCGUUUAAAACGCCAUCUUCUGGUGCACACGGGUGCGCGGCCGUUCGAGUGUCACGUUUGUUCCCGCCGCUUCACGCAAGCCGUGGAUCUAAAACGUCACAUGCUACGUCACAGUGGUCAGAAACCGCACGUGUGUCACUUCUGUGGGAAGCAGUACACGAGAGGCGAUCGGCUUAAAGUGCACUUGUUGUCGCAUACUCAAGAAGAUAAUUCGGAGAAGCCCUACAGUUGCUCAAGGUGCAGUGCUACUUUCUACGAAGCAGAGGAACUGCGACUGCAUGUGUGUGAAUUUCAAGAAGGUACACAACUGGUUGGAGGUGAUAUUGAGCUCAAUGACGCUUACGUAGAAGAGCGGGGAGGUAAGGUAGCCCGCACAGGAAAGAAUUAUUCGUGCGAGGAGUGCAACUCCAGCUUCACCAAGUACACUUCUCUCAAGUCACACCUUCUUAAGCACACCGGUGAAAAGAAGUACAAGUGUGAGCAUUGUAACAAAACUUUCUUCAGCUCUAGCAGUUUAAAAAUCCACGUCCGAGUUCACACUGGCGACCGACCGUUUAAGUGCAAGGAGUGCCCGAGGAAAUUUAGUGACCCGUCGAACUUCAACAAACAUAAACGAUGGCACGCCAAACAAAAGGGUCCGAGUACACCGUCGGCAACAUUGUCGAGCAUCUCCGAGAACAGCUCGCCUUCCGAUGAUAAGACACAGAAGGAGGCUGCUGAUGCCGAAGAAAACGGAUCGGGGCCGACCGAAAACGAAGUAACAGCCGAAGAAUCUGGUGCGAAAGAGGGUGACGCGAAAGAGGAUUUGCGAGAAGAUCUUUUCCCUGGGACGAGCCAAGAUAUGGAAACUGAGGAGACUGGAGGAUUUAAUUCGCCUGAGGCGUUGCUCAACAUGGGAUCUGAAUGCGAAACUAGUGUAAAACAAGAGCUAACGGACUAGUUAGGCCUUCAUGACCCUUGGGAAACUCUCUGAGUAAACGCCAUAGUUAAAACUCUUGGAUCAAUGUCAGUAUCUGAGCUACUCUGCACCUUCCCCUCCCCUAACCCUACAUUAACCCUCAGUUGUUUUCAGUUGACUAUUGCUGGGUUAGGGGAGGGGUAGGUGCGCAGUUGCCUAUGUACUGACAAUGAUUCAGAACAUUCUACAUUUUCUUAAAAAUGAAUCUCCUAUUUAUAUAAAUUGGCUUUGCAUUCUAAAAUGAUAAUGUAAGCUAGCUUAAAAAGUAUAUCUAAACAUCGCUUAAUGAAAGUGUAACACUUCACGGAUACAAUGCGUUGCUUUUCAUUUAACGUUUAAGGAAAUAUAUCGGAUUAGGUUUUAGAAAGAAUAGAUUUAGAUUUGAAUUUAUAUACUAUAUAUUAUUAUUAUCGUUCUUAUUACAAAAAGAGCAAAAUGAUAACAGGAGUAGAGGACUUGGGAUUUUGGUUUAGAAUAUGAAGCCUCAAUUCGAUGCACAAGACCCAGUUCUCCAGGUUCGAAUCAAAGAAUAUUGAAGCCAUCUCGAAGUCUCUUUUAUAGAAUACACGUCAUUUACAUUCCUUCACGUGAGUAGCAUUUCGCGUCGUUUACCGUUAGAAGAGCUUACUUUAUUAGAUCAUCGCGGGGGUGAUGAAAAUAUCUAUAUCGACAUGAAGUUAUGGAGUGCAACCUUAGAUAUAACGCUAAUUGCUUGGAGCUGAAAAGCAGGGUAUAGCGUAAGGAAGUGCGUUCAACCCUUCCCUCCCCUUACCCCCUCUUCUUCCCCCCCCCCCCUUUUUCGAGAAGAAGAAACGAUUUACUAUGACUAAACAAUCUAACCACCUAACUAGUGGC